UUUUUUUUUUUGAUUAAAAAUUAACCUGACUGUAUCAGUAACAUAGCUUUUAAUCACAAUGUCAAAUCCACAGCAAUUUCAAUGCCGCAUGUAUGAGGAAAGGUUCCCUGAGAAAGAAGAUCUGGUUAUGGUCAAUGUUCGCCAAAUCGCAGAAAUGGGAGCUUAUGUCAAGCUGCUAGAAUACGAUAAUAUUGAAGGUAUGAUACUAUUAUCCGAAUUGUCUAGAAGGCGUAUUCGUAGUAUUCAAAAACUUAUUCGGGUUGGCAGAAAUGAAGUUGUAGUAGUAUUGAGGGUGGAUAAAGAUAAAGGUUAUAUUGAUUUAUCUAAACGUCGAGUUUCUCCGGAAGAUGUUGCCAAAGCUGAAGAGAAAUUUAACAAGUCUAAAGCAGUUCACAGUAUAAUGCGACAUGUUGCCGAAAAGCAAAACCUUGUACUUGAAGAUCUUUAUCAAAAGAUUGGAUGGCCAUUAUACAAAAAAUAUGGUCAUGCAUACGAAGCAUUCAAACUGGCAAUCACAGAGCCUGAAAAAGUUUUUGAAGGUCUCGAGAUAACUCCUGAAAUCAGUGAAGAAUUGUUAAAUAAUAUAAAAAGGCGAUUGACACCACAACCUAUUAAAAUUCGAGCUGAUAUCGAAGUUACUUGCUUUGGUUAUGAUGGUAUCGAUGCUAUUAAAUCUGCACUUAAAGCUGGAGAAGCAUGUGAAACAGGGGAUAUCCAAAUUAAGGUUAAACUAGUAGCUCCUCCGCUGUAUGUCAUGAUUACCAAUGCACUUGAUAAAAAUAUGGGAAUUGAAUUAUUAGGAAAAGCAAUUGAAACUGUUCGAGACGGUAUUGAAAAAUCUGGGGGCACAUUAACAGUUAAAAUGAAGCCAAGAGCUGUUAGUGAAACAGAUGAUCUUGAACUUGCAGCGCUUAUGGCACGUGUAGAGAAAGAGAAUGCUGAAGUUUCUGGUGAUGAAGAUACUGAUCCAGAAGCUGAUGAAGUCGAAUAAUGAAUAUUAUUCACUAAUUCAACGAAAAAUUUUGGAAUCUUGAAAAUAAAGUUAACUUUAUUGAGUAAAAAUUAUAUCAUGUAAAGUGUUGUUCUCAUAAUUUUUACCGUAAUUUAUAAUAAUAUUGCUCAGCGGUAACAUUAGAUUCAGUCUGUUGAUUCUUUGUAUUAUCACAAAAAAAAAGUAGAAUAAAAUAAUAAAUCAAGAACAAUCCAUUAUAAAUAGAUUGUGGUACG